UCUAAUCAAGCUGAUUAAAAAUUCCUGCGCGCGUGCAGGCGGAAAUCCACCAUCAUCAUCAUCCUCGUUCUCCGGCACUUUUACUUUAUUCUCGCGUCCAUCCUCCUCCAGGACAGCGACAGACGCGUGAGGACCCGAAAUCCGUCUUCAAUCGCGUCGUUUAGGAGGUUUAGAGAUGAGGAGAAGCGGCAGACAGCGCGGAGAGGGAGGGAUGAGCCGAUGCAACUCAUAAUUUAAUGGGGACAGAGAGAGAGAGAGAGAGAGAGAGAGAGAGAGAGACAGAAACAGAAGGGAAACAGAAAGAAAAGGACCGAGCGCGAAUGUUACAAAUGUAACAAGCGGAAGAUACAAUGUAGCGCUGACGUGCGUCAGGAAUGUUCGGAUGCUUUGAUGUUUCAUUCGACGUUCGAAAGUGUAUCGCGCACUUUUAAAGCUGCUUCGGAUCCGCAGAUCGGCUCGAGAUGAGAGGGCUUCGUGCUGUUGUUUGGCCAGAUGAGAGGCGAUUCACGAGCGCUUCUGGUCCUAUAGGCGCGUAUUGGUGAAGCUCAAUGGGAUGUGUAGGGAACGCUGGCGGUUACUUUUAUUUUUAAGCGUUAUUCUGCGCACAGAACGGACGGUGGAUGUGAUCGUAAACUCUAUUGAACUCGUUGCAUUUCGGCUUGAUUGCAUGCGACUACGGUCUUUAGCUCUCAUCACAUUUUAAAGUACUUUGCGCUUCGUCUAUAUGGUUCUACGUGUAUUAUGCGCUGUGAUUCAUGGCUUAGCGUUUGACAUUAGGUUUUGGCGUGGACGAUCUGGAAGUUUUCUAUGUUUCAGAAUAGAAUAGCUGACAUAAAACUGAUUUUCGAGUGAAGUUUGUGCUCCUCCUGCCAAAACUUGAAGUCGCUGUUCAUCCACAGCUCCUUUAUAUGUUCUUCUUAAAGUGGUGACAGUGCACAUUGGUGCUGAGAACCAUGGAGCAUCUCAGCGAAACAUGCCAGGGGAAGGAGAACUGUGAGAUGGUCAACAACCUGAAUGACACCAAGGCCCCUCCGGCCAAAAUGGCCCGCCUGGAACAGAACGGAAGCCCGCUGGGCAUGUCUCGUCUAGGUAGCACUGGAGCGAAACUCUCCGGAGUGCACUUCAAACCCCCUGGACAUCAUCUGAAGGCCUGCCACAAGAGGGGUAACAUGCUGCCAGUGUUUUGUGUGGUGGAGCACUACGAGAGCCCCAUCGAGUUUGACAGCAAAGAGGAACAUGCUGAGUUCGUUCUGGUCAGGAAGGACAUGCUCUUCAACCAGCUAAUCGAGAUGGCCUUGCUCUCCCUGGGCUACUCGCACAGUUCGGCUGCACAGGCUAAAGGUCUGAUUCAGGUGGGCAAGUGGAACCCCGUGCCUCUUUCCUACGUGACGGAUGCACCCGACGCCACAGUGGCGGACAUGUUACAGGAUGUGUACCAUGUGGUCACGCUGAAAAUCCAGCUACACAGUUGUCCUAAACUGGAAGACCUUCCUCCAGAGCAGUGGACCCACUCUACAGUAAGAAAUGCGCUCAAGGAGUUACUCAAAGACAUGAACCAGAGCUCUCUGGCAAAAGAAUGUCCCUUAUCACAGAGUAUGAUUUCUUCAAUUGUUAACAGCACUUACUAUGCAAAUGUGUCUGCGGCGAAGUGUCAAGAAUUCGGACGCUGGUAUAAACAUUUCAAGAAGACAAAAGACAUGAUAGUCGUGCGCCAGCCUUCCCAGCUGGAGGGCUACCUGGGGACGUGUGUCCUCCAUGACAGUCCACGUGCCACCACGUUAGCUGAGAUGGACAGUCUGUCUGAUCUUUCUCCACCCGGAACCAACCACCUCAGCUUCAGUCAGCAACCCAUCCCAGGCAGCACGGCCGAGCAGUCCCCAUCCCCGGUGCCCCUGUCCCACAGCAGUCAGGCCCCCGGCCGCGCUCAGCUCCCCGGUCUGCACCCCGGCCUGGUGUCCACCCCCAUCAGCCCUCAGCUGGUGAAUCAGCAGAUCGUCAUGGCUCAGAUCCUCAACCAGCAGUAUGCCGUCAACCGUCUCCUGGCCCAGCAGUCCCUGAGCCAGCAGUACCUCAACCACCCGCCCGUCAGCCGCGCGCUCAACAAACCGCUGGACGCGCAGCUGUCCAGCAACUCCGAGGUCUCAUUGGAGAUCUACCAGUGGGUCAGAGACGAGCUGAAGAGGGCGGGAAUCUCCCAGGCCGUGUUCGCCCGUGUGGCUUUCAACAGGACGCAGGUGAAGCCCAGCCCUCUGUCCUCAGAGUGGAACGGGAAAUCGGAGAACUGUGUGUUAAACAUCAACUCCUCCAUCUACGACGAGAUCCAGCAGGAGAUGAAGAGGGCCAAAGUGUCCCAGGCCAUGUUCGCCAAGGUCGCCGCCUCGAAGAGCCAGCUGUGCAACGACCACACCGUUAUCUCACAUAGCGAACAGUCUUCUGCUGAAUACAGGCCUCUGUGA